GAUCACGUUUUUCCAUGCUUGAUUUUACAAGCGAGAUUUUUUAAAAAUAAAUAAAGUUCAUCUCUGAAAAAAAUAUCAUCAGAAAAAAUGAAAAAUAAAUCAUCAGAACCAAAGUCAUCAUCUUCAUCUAACAAUAAUGGUGAUGGUCAAAAAACAGAUGAAAAAACAUUUGUCACCGAAGGAAAAAUUCAUGAAGCUGUUAAUGUGCUAAAAAAAGUGAUACAUAAUCGAAAGAAUUCAAUGAACGAUGAAGGCAAGAAACAAUUAUUCGAGCAAGAUAUUGAUUAUGUUUUUCUACAAUUUUCAUUGAAAAAAAUACCCCUUAAUAAUUCAACAUACAUUCAUCGCAUCCCAUUAAAAUAUCAUUGGCGAAGUGAAAUCAAUUAUGAAACAUGUUUAAUUGUUAAAGAUAUAAAUGAAACACCAUUAACUGAUAGAGAUGCGGAUUUGGAACAAACAAAAAAUUUCUAUCGUAAUCUUCUUGAUGAACAUUCAGCAAACGAAUUAAUAAGCGAAAUAUUACCAAUGCGCCAGCUUCUAACAGAAUUUCAGCAACCAGCGCUUCGAAAAAAACUUUCCAAUGAAUACAACGUAUUUUUAUGCGACCGAAAAUUAUUACGUAACAAACAAUCAUUUUUAAGCCGUUUUCUUGGCAAAGCUUUUUGGAUCGAUAACAAAAAAGUGCCCUUGCUGCUAAAUCUUAAUGAUAAAAAUCUAAAAGAUCAGAUUGAAUCUAAAUUGAAUGCUACAUCACUUUAUGUUUCUGGCAAAGGUUCUACGCAAGCUAUAUGUGUUGGAUCAUUACAACAAGAUUCAGACAAAUUGACAGCAAAUCUACUUUCUUGUCUGGAGAAAAUUCAACAACUUUAUGGCAAAAAUGUUCGUGAAUUGGCAAUCAAAACGGAAAAAUCUAUGUCGAUUCUAUUCUACAUGGAUCUCGGUUCGGCUAAUGAAAUUAAAAUGGAAAAGCGUGAAGAAAAUGAAAUGAACGAAUUUGUUGAAGAAGAAUUCGAUUUCAUACCAAAUUCAAAUAUUCGUGUUUACAAAGAUGGUCGAAUCAGAAUUGUGAAACGUGAUGUAGCUGAAGGAGAAGAAAUGGAUGAUGAUAGUGACUUGUAUAAUCUUAAAACAGUCAAAGCGAUCAACACUGAACCAGAUGAUGAACAAUGGACACGAAGAUUAGUGUUUAAUCUGCCGGAAAAUUUACGAAAAAGAAAACUCAUUCAAAGACGUCCGUUCAAAAAAAUUAAAACUCAAAAAUGAAUUUUAACAAACAUUAAUUUCGUUUUU